UCGGUAGGCAGGGCCGUGGUUGCUUUUUCUCCUGUGCCCGCACCGUGCCAGGGAUACGAGUAGGGGCGGCAUUUGGGCCCUGAGCAAGACAGUCAGACUUCACCUAGAGGGGUCCAAGGAUGUUUUGCAGCAACGGGCUAUGAGGAGCCAGGGGAUGAUUAGGUUGGAAAUUGGGAAGAAUUUAUUCACAGGGUGAUGAGACAAUGAAAUGGACAGCCCAUGGAGGUGGUGGAGUCACCAUCCCUGCAGGUGUGUAAGGAAAGAUUGGACGUGGCAUUCAGUGCCAUGGCCUAGUUGGCAAGGUGGUGUUCGGUCAUAGGUUGGACUGGAUGAUCUCAGAGGUCUUUUCCAACUUAAUUGAUUAUGUGAAGUUUUAAUGAAGGAUUUGGAGAAAAAACACAGUUAGUGGUAUUAUGGAUCAGUUAUCGUGUUCACUGGCCCACCGGUUUUGUGGGAGCAACUGCUGGCAGAUUUGCAGGCUGAUCCCCACCAAGUUUCUUGGGCCAGUGACCAAGAUGGGGAUUAUGACAGUGAUGCUCAGCUCCUCGUGCCGUGAGUCCAACCCCGAACCUCGGCCAGACAAGGUGUCGCUGCUGCUGGCUUCAGCUGCUUCCUGACAAGUACAUACUGGGCUGCUGCUCCCUGCUGCUGGUAUUAUCCUUCUGAUUUAUAUCAAAAGUGUCUAUAAUUCCACUCUACAGAAGUGGCUGACCUUGAAAAAUGCAGCAAUAUUAUGGGAAUUUUAAUGUAUUUUUUUUGUUGGUUGCUAUGCAGCAUUGAUGUCUUGAGGUAAGACAUGCUGGCAUAAAUAUAGAAGGGAAUUAGAGACUUCGCAUUUUUCAGUGUAGUACAUUUAAUAGUUAAAUAAAUAAACCCACUCUUCAUUUCCAGUGUAUUUCUCAUAAUUUCAACUAGUACAUCAGGUGUCUUGAUCAAGACUGAAAUUACAUCUAAUUAUUCAUAUUAUAGCAGAAAGAAUUUUAGCAGACACUAAUAAUAUCUUACAAAUACUUUUUGAUUAUAUCACGCUAUCUCUGUAGAGGGGUCAGGAACAUAUGUUCUCUUCUACAUACAAAGGAUUUGUUUUUGAAGGAAAAAAGUUAUAUAAAUUUUCAGUGGAAAACCUGUAAAAGAACAAUAAAGUGGUAUCUAAUCUAAGUAUGGCCCUGGCAAUGGAAUGACAAAUAGAAAUAGUAUAGAACUGAUGCUUAACUUAAAAAAUGAACAUUAAAGCAAUAAAAUGUCGGUGUUCAUCUGAAAAAUGACGAAAAGCUCACUGAAAUCCAUAAAGCAUGUUUUUAUUAUUUACAUGUUCCAUUUUAAUAUGAAUUUGUCAGCACAGUUAUCCAUAAAAUGGCAUUGGAGACUGAACAUUUACUUUUGCUCGUAGUGUGCUAGAAUUGAAGUCCUUGCUAGCUCUAUAUAAGAAUAAUCUUGAAAGCUAUUUUAUCAAGGAAAUGUGUUCAAGAGAAAGAAUUACUUGUUCCUCUCCAAAAUGAUUCAUAUUUUCUUUCUAAAGUAUUAAGUGAACAAAUAUACUUUGGAUAGAUACGUCUUAAGUACGUUUUUACUUGUUUAUUUAGACUCCUAAAUUUUAGCCAGUCUGUUUUGUUGGACUUUUGUGCCAGUGCAAAAGCUCACUGAAAGGAUCCACCUUAGGAAAGCUUCAUUUAGGUUGAGGUUGUCCAGUUUUCAGACAACCUGGACAUCUGCAAGAGGAUACAAGCAAUAUUUUUGAGGACUGUAAAAAACCUGGCACUUAAAAGCCAAUGUUAAACCUGCACUUCACAACAUGUUCUUCUUUUUGGUAGGUUUAAAAAAUAAUUCUAUUAAUUCUAACUGAACAAGAAAUUCACAAGGAAGAUACAAAAUAGUGGAGGAAUAUCUAAAGUCUAAUACCAAGCACGAACAUGACAGGUAACAUCGUUGUGGGAAAACAGGGAAAGAAUUGUCUGUCUUUUGCAGUUAUGAUAGAACAUGUAAAACUCUGAUUUAUAUUUUUUUUUUCAGAAAAUAAACUCCUAGUUAUUUUGUCUAUGGUGGAAAGAUGGCAACACUAGAGGCUUACAGCCUUAGAGGAAAUGUAGAACAGUUCCCAGUUUUUUACUUCUGAAAGCGUUAUGGUGUAUAAGCCAAUUUCAGUGUACUGGGAAUUCUGUGUUGGGAGGACAUUGUUAUGAAUGCUUCUUUUGUGCAGAGAUUGAGUAGAGGGAGCAGAGCAGAUGUCUGAUACAAUCCCAGUGGUGUUCAGAAAGAGAGAGAGCACGCACACACUUCAUGAACUGUUCCCUGUGUAAGUCAAUAUGGUUAAUGUACGUUGAAGAAACCAGCUUCCACUUUGAAGGUAUCACAGCCUUCCUGAAAUUCUUUGGCUGGUUUGGCUGGAGAAGACUGAGGAGAGACAUCGUUGCAGUUUACAACUUCCUCAUGAGGGGAAGAGGAGGGGCAGGCACUGAUCUCUGCUCUGUGGUGACCAGUGACAGGACCCGAGGGAAUGGCCUGAAGUUGUGUCAGGGGAGGUUUACGUUGGAUAUUAGAAAAAGGUUCUUCACCCAGAGGGUGGUUGGGCACUGGAACAGGCUUCCCAGGGAAGUGGUCACAGCACCAAGCCUGACAAGAGUUCAAGAAGCAUUUGGACAAUGCUCUUGGGCACAUGGUGUGACUUUUGGGGAUGGUUCUGUGCAAGGCUAAGGGCUGGACUUGAUGAUCUUCGUGAGUCCCUUCCAACUCAGCGUGUUCUGUGAUUCUGUGAAAUAUGGAUAUGAACAUUUGCAUCCAUCCAGAUGAACAGUUUAGGAGGCUAAGCUAUAUUGGAUAAAAGUAGUUAAUUAGUAAACAAUGAAGGUUUCUUAAAUGAGGAAGAAUGUUUCUAGCAUCCUCUUGCUGUGGGAAAAUAGUGAAAUAUUGUUCAUAUUGUCUAUCGGAUUUAACAAUAAUAAUUAUUUUUUGUUUUAAAAUCUGUUAACAUGAAUGUUAGGAAAUUAAGCAAUUAUUUCAUAAAGCGCAAAAAAAAUUUUUUCCCACCAUGAAGUCUUGGUUGGGUACUGAGUCAGGUGAUGUAACAGGAAUGGUAUUAUCAUUUUUUAUUUGUCCCAGCUUAAAUUUUGCUCUUCAUGGUAGAGGCAUGUUGGGAAAAUGUCAGAUGUAUUUUUAACAAGCUUGAGUUUGUGCAGAUGAUAAGCUGUACUCUUUAGUUUGCAGGAGACUGUUAAUUUAUAAUCACAAAAAUUAUUAUAUGAUUUUUGAAAUAUUAUGUGCAGCCCCACAAAAAGCCUGAAUCCUGUGAUAAACUACACUGUAGCAGGUCACCUUAAUUAGUGCAAAAUACAUCUGUCACAAUCUGUGUCUUUACCAUAGCUACGUAACAUUAAUUCAUGCCUGAGUCAUCUGUUUUAAUUUCAUUCAACACUCUUCUGGUGUGUAUUUGUCACUUGUGGCCGUAAUGGAAGUUCACGUUUUGAAAAUGUACCCUGUGUGUCAAAAGCCUGACUUUUGACCUGCUUGAAGCCCCAGUUAGUACCUCAUACUGCCAAGCACUGGAAAGAGGCUGAGAGAAAAGGGAUUUCUCUGCCAGCUGUGAUAAGUCUUUGUCAUGAAAAUUUGGAAAACCAGAUAACCCAGUGGAACAUUUCUGUGACCUUGUACCCAAACUAGGAAAUGGGAUGUAGAAUAAAGUUAGUGGAUAAUGAAAAAUAAUCUGGUUGUAAAUUAGAGAAACCAAGCGUUUCUGUAUGUGAAAUGCUGCAAAUUUUAAAGCAAAUAGAAGUACACAUUAUUUAUACAUAAUUUUCAAUGAAACUGUUGAUAAAAAAUCUCUCAGAACUAUAUUAACAUUUUAUUAUUGCCAUAUUGAGUCAGAAUGUAUUGGAAUGAAUUGUGAGUCUGUAUAGCUGUCCUAUAGUGGAAGAGAUUAGCCAAUAACUCCACUCAAUACUUGUAAUCUGUAACUUGUUAAAAGUAAAUUUAGUAAUUUUUAACUCCUUAAAAGUAUUUUAUUAAGAAGAUCAACCAUAUCAAUAGAAAUAAAGAUAUCAGUGGAAUAAUGCAUUACUUUUAACAUUUUCAGGGUUUCAACUAGUUUACUUAAUUCAGUAGAAGAAUUUACAGCUAGGAUAUAGGAAAAGCUAAAUCAUCUUCUAGUGAGAAUCAAUUUAAUUCUGAACUAAAUUAUUAAUAGAAGCCAUUAGCAAGGUAACGUCUCUGCUGGGAUGUGUGCAUCCACUCUAACAUCAGCUAGAACUCAAGAGUAGCUGUAGCUGUUCAAUUUGUAAAGAAUUUUCUCAUCUAGUAAUUUCUGUUGUGGAACAAGUGAGGGUGUUAUUCCUCUAGUGUAGCUGUAAUAUUCUGAGCCUUUUCCUGAGCUCUGGCUGAUGUCAAACGAAGCCAGUGGCUAAGCAGUCUGGUAAGGACAACAGCUUUUCCUAUCUCAUUAAAUCCAUGCAUGUUUGUUUGAUCUUAUUAGAAAAAUGUGCUGACAGCUCUAGUUUGGAACUGAUCCCUGAGGCUUGAGAAUUUCAUUAUGCACUCUAUUGAUUGUUUUAUCUUUUCAUUUCCCUUUUUUUUUUUUUUUAAGAAAAUAAGAAUUCUAUUUUAAUUAAAAAUGGGGGUUCUGGGAAAAGCAACUCCAAAUCCGGAUUAAAAAUUUGUCUUGUAGAAGAGGCUACUGUGUACAUCUUCACAUGAAUGUGAUGCACUCUUGCCAUUUCUCCCCUGCAAACUCGCUGUUUUAGGAAGAAAGCGUGGGAGAGUGACUUCAGUGAGAGAAACAGGGGACAGAGACAGUAUAGCUCCAGAUUAGUUAAGAGCGCUGUAGUUGAAGCAGUCACUGAUGUAAAAGAUACAGAACAAAGCUAUUUCUCCUUAAUAGUGCUGUGCACUCCGCUGCCUCUGGAUCUGUGACCGAGAGAUGACUCUCUUGGUCAGUGAGGUGUCAGUGGCCAUGGACAGCUGGCAAUUAUGCUGUUGUGUUGCUUCAGUUCUUACUGUAUUAACUGAGCUUUAUUCAUGUGGCUAUUCUUUGAAGAUGAUUUUCGGUCUAGUUCAGAAUUUUUAGGGGUGGGAGGCAGUCCUGCUGAGAGGCAGGAAGAGCUCUGAUUUUUGCCAAGAUGAAAUAAAAGCCCCAGUAAAUGGAUUCUUGGUGACAUCUUUGAAAUCUACUCUCCCACUGCAGAUAGGAUGAAGGAAUGUUUUUGGGUCUGGAAGCUGGCUGUGAGAAUUCUCUGAUUUCUGCGUAGACUCUUGAAUUUAAAAUAGCAUUGAUAAUUUUUACUGUUUAUAUGGAAUUUAGGUUGCCCAAAGUAAGCCUGUGUCUCCAGGACUGUCCCAUGCAUCAUCUCUGCUAUAGCAUUACCACAUUUUUUCAGAAAACUUAUUAUGCCAUUAGGAGUACUUGACUUCUGAUCCUUGUAUUGGCUGUGGUUUGGAUUUUCUUCUGAGUUUGGGAUGACGGAGAACCGGUGUUCACCCUUCCAAGAUAUUCAUACCCAUUUACUUGGAUGCAUUCUGAGUUUGACUUGGUUUUUCAGGGUUGUCCAUGCUAAGACAAAAUAGACUAUGGCUUUGCACCAGAUGAGGUGUAUAGCAAAGACAAGGCAUUUACCCCAAAUGGUUUUGUAGAGGCCAGUGUUUUUCACAGGGACUGACUUUGCAGUUAGCAGCAAGUGUCUUAGGCUGGGCUUUUUUUUGUUUGUUUUUUUUCUGUUUUCUCCUACUUAGUCAUUAUACUGUUUAAAAAUGUUCUGAUUCAACUUGGCACUAUUACACAAUGGCCAUAUUUUAAACCUGAGGUAGCCCAAUCUUUUUUUGUCUUUUUGGGAGCAAACUGACUUACAAGAUUUUUAUUGAUUGUCUUCAUUUAUUCUUGUGCAAACAAGUGACUCAUUAUACUGUGCAGUCAGAGUUAAAACUCUUAAUGAAAAUGCUUCAUCAGCAUGUCAUUACAGAGUCUUAUUGUAAACACGAGCCAAUCUCUAGCUUGUAACCUUCAAUAUACUCUUGGAUUUCAAACAGAUGUUCUUAUGCAUAUUUGGAAAGCCACAGUGGUCAGGUGAAGUCCCCAGUGACAGGGAAAAGGGGAAAAACAUCACUCGCAUUUUUAAAAAGGGGGAGAAAGAAAGAUCCAGGGAACUACAGACCAGUGAACCUCACCUUUGUGCAUGUGAAGAUCCUCCCAGAAGAUAUGCCAAGGGACAUAAAAGACAAGGAGGCAAUUUGAGGUAGCCAGCACGGUUUUACUGAGGGCAAGUCAUACCUGACCAGUCUGGUGGCUUCCUGUGAUGGAGUGAUGGCAACAGUCUUUACUCAGAGGGUGGUGAGGCACUGGAACAAGUUGCCCAGAGAAGUAGUGGAUACCCCAUCCCUGGGAGUGUCCAAGGCCAGGAUAGGGCUCUGAGCAACCUGGUCUAGUAAAUAGCAUCCCUGCCUAUGACAGGGGGCUUGGAACUAGAUGACCUUUAGGUCCCUUCCAAGCCAAACCAUUCUCUGAUUAUGUGAUUUUAUGCACUACUUAAGUGAAAUGUCUUGUGUAGUUGUGGUAGGGGUGAGAAAGUUUCUGUUGUACUGCACAAAAUUGUGACACAUUUAUUCUUUCCCUACCUUAACAAAGGUGCAUGAUUCAUUUAAUAACUUAAGAAAGAAAAUAGUUUUGCUUGGAUUUCUUGUCCCUUGGAACUAGGAAGACAGCAGAACAGUGCUGACUGAGUACAAUUCAGUUAAUUUUAUAAAUAUUUGUUCAGCAGCAUUUGUCAAAUUGCAGUAAAUCAGAUAGAAAAGCAGUCAAACUCUAAAAAGUCAAAUGAAAGAGCAAUGUAAAGGACAAUGGUUGGAUAAGGGGUGCAUCCUUUCCCUCCUGUCUGUAUCCCAGCAGCUAUGGACUCUACAGGUUUUUUUUGCCAAAAUUAGACAAAUAGGUACCGUAAAAAUGUGAAGUCUCCUGAAGGUCAUAGGGAAAUUAUUUGGGUUUUGUUUGUUUUUUUUUUUCACAGGCUGGAGUUUCUCAUUAUGCACAUUUCACAAGAUUCCAUGGGUUUUCUAUGCUACAGCUCCCUCAAGUGGAGUUUUCAUCAUGGAAACAAUGAUCCUGCGAGAACCCUGCUUAUGAGCUCUUUUGGACGUGUGCAGCUAGCCUUGCCUCUGUCAGGCAGAAGACUUUUUCUAGAGUAGAAUCAGGAGGUUUAAAAAUGUCUGAUCAGAAAAAUAUUGUACACAGAACCCGUUGUAUUGAAAAACUGCUGUCUGAGAACAAUUUGCAAGAUAUUGAGGAUCAUCUUAAAGAACUUGAAGAUGUUGAUAUGACUGUAGAAUAUCUUCAGGGGACAGAAGUUGCCAAGGCUGUAUACAGAGUACUCAAGAGCUGCCCUUCAGGAGGGUUGAAAAAGAAAGCGAAGCAGUUAUUAUCAAGGUGGAAAGCACUUUACAAGAAUAACUGUGUUCAGUCAAUGCAAGUUAAAAAGUCCAUUUCUGUGUAUGUGAAAGAGGAAAUUGAGCAUUGCAGUGUGGCUCCUAGAGAGCAGUUGCUGUCAGAAGGACCAUGUCAGCAGGAGGCAUUAGGUGGUACUAGUUCCACCAUUUUGGUCCCAUCACAAACUGUUAAAAAUCUGAUAUGUAACAAUGCAGAAGGCAGUAUGAAUCAGCUUUCUUCUGUUGAGGAGCAACACACUGUUAAUGAAGAUUCUAAAUCUGUUGAUAAUGAAGCGAGUCUGCAGCAGGACCCGAUGAGAGCUCUUAGGUGCAAAUCUAUUGAUCUUCUAUGUAAAGCUUUGAUUGGUUCUGCCAAAGAUGAAGAAGAAACUGUUAAAUGGUUAGAGUUAUCCAAAGAAAUUGAAAACCGUAUUUUUGCUCUUCAUGCUAAAAAUGACAAAAAAUAUAAAAAUUGCAUCAGAAGUAAAAUCUCUAACCUGAAGAAUCCUAAAAAUUGCCACUUGAAACAUAACCUUUUUACAGGGACUUUGAGCCCAAAGGCUUUUGCUGAGAUGACAGUGAUGGAAAUGGCCAGUGAUGAACUGAAACAGCUCAGGGCUCUGUACACCAAAUCGUCUGUUCAGGAACAUCAGCUUCCACAAGUUAUUAAUGGCACACAGACAAACAAAAUAAAGUGUAGGCGCUGUGAAAAAUUUGAUUGCACCGUCACUAUGAUUGCCAGAGGAACUCUCUUUCUUCCCGGUUGGGUGCAAAACACAAAUCCCGAUGAACAAAUGUUGACUUACGUUAUUUGUAAUGAAUGUGGAGAGCAGUGGUAUCACAGCAGAUGGAUUUGUUUGUAACACUAUCCCUCCCUAAUAAAUGGUUUGGAAACAUCGAUAUGAGAAGGUGCCUCUGUUGAAACUUAUAACUUUAAAUUCUAUAUUGAUACUAUGUAGAUGCUGUCACUACAAAGUACAAAAUCAGUUUUAAAAAAUUGCUAAUGUAUUUUUGAAGAUGGCUUCAAUAAAUCUAUGUGUUUUUAAGUAAUGUAAAUAUGUAAGAAAAUAAAAGAAUAAAGGAAAAAAUUGUGACA